AUGGAGGCUUUAGAACAAAUGCCCCAAUAUGCCAAAUUUAUGAAGGACCUCCUCACCAAAAAGAGAAGGUUUCGGGAUGAAGAGACAUUUGAAUUGGAAGCUGGAUGCAAUGCCAUCAUUCAGAAACCUUUGCCAAGAAAGUCUAAGAAUCCUGGAAGUUUCACCAUUCCAAUCUCAAUUGGAGAGAUAUAUCUGGGAAAGAUUGAAGUCAAGUUGACAAGGAUAACCUUACAACUAGCAGAUAGAUCUAUUAAGUAUCUCUAUGGGGUGGCUGAAGAUGUGCUUGUAAAAGUAGACAGUUUUUUCUUCCUUGUUGAUUUUGUGGUGAUGGACAUAAAGGAAGACACAAAAGCCCCUCUCAUUCUGGGCAGACAAUUUAUGAAAUCUGUCAAAGUUGUCAUAGAUGUGGAACAUGGAACAUUAAAGAUCGAAGCUCAAGAUGAAGAGGUUAAAUUUGAAGUAUUUCCAUCCACUCAGCAGCCCAAUAUCACCACUCAUUGCAUGAGAGUGGACAUAGUGAAAGAGUUACCCCCCACACUUGCAGAGCCAAUCCCCAAGCUCAAUACUCAACAAGAGUUGCAACUUAAUAUUGUUUAG